AUAAUAAUUGAUAACAAUUGCAAUAACAAUCGAUUUCGUACUGUUUUGCAGAAAUUACAUCCUCAUAUGUCAGUUCUGGUACCGUUGAUAGUGCGCGCGAUCGGUGAUUCAUUCUACAAGGUAUCGGCGGAAGCGUUGACAGUGACACUGUCGUUGAUUCGUGUUCUCAGACCCACACAUCCAUCCGCGUGUAUGCUGGAUUUCACACCGUUUGUGAGUGCAAUUUACGGUGCUGUUGCCGAAAAACUGAAGGCGGCCGAUAUCGAUCAAGAGGUCAAGGAGAAGGCGAUCAUGUCGACCGGUCUUUUGAUCGCUACAUUCGGCGAUUUCCUGUCGGAUAAACUCGCGUCAUGCCUACCGAUCCUGUUGGAACGUCUUCGCAAUGAGAUGACUCGUUUGGUGACAGUCAAGGCACUUUUGACAAUUGUGAAUAGUCCGCUGAAAAUCAAUCUGAGUACAAUUCUACCGGACGUUCUGCCGCUGUUAGCCGAAUUUCUGCGUAAAAAUCAGCGGGCAUUGAAGGGAUGA